GGGAACUUCUAAGAAGCUUGAUCAUACAGGUCAACACGUACACACAAUACGAAAGAAAAAGGAGAACACGUACGACAAGAUAGUUCGAAAGGAUCUUUCGUAUACUACAUUUGUUUGAAAAAACUUACGAAUGGAGCACGGAUUGAAAUAUGAGUAGUACGGUGACAACGGAACCAUCUACAUCUCUUGGCGAUAUGAUGUCUACAACUGCAAUUCCUGAGAAAGCAGCUCCAAUAUUCUUACAAACACGAGCAGCUCAAGGUAUUGCUGGUGCAUUUGUUUGGGUCGCAUUAUUCAUAACUUGUCAACAGAUCUACCAGCAUUUAAGGUGGUAUACUAAUCCAACAGAACAAAGAUGGAUAGUGAGAAUUCUGUUUAUAGUUCCAAUUUAUGCAACAUAUUCUUGGGUGUCUCUACUAUUUUUCAACAGUGAAAGUUAUUAUGUUUACUUUUUUACUGUACGGGACUGUUAUGAAGCAUUUGUUAUAUAUAACUUCUUGUCCCUAUGCUACGAGUACCUGGGUGGUGAAGGAAAUAUUAUGUCUGAAAUACGUGGCAAACCUAUUCGUUCUAAUUGUUUAUAUGGAACAUGCUGUUUGGUUGGGAAAACAUAUACAAUUGGUUUUCUUAGAUUUUGCAAACAAGCUACUUUGCAAUUUUGCUUGGUAAAACCAGUAAUGGCAUUUGUCAUUAUAUUCCUUCAAGCAUUUGGUCAUUAUAGAGAUGGAGAUUGGUCCCCAGAUGGAGGCUAUAUUUAUAUAACUAUAAUUUAUAAUAUCAGUGUAUCUCUUGCACUUUAUGGACUUUUUCUCUUUUAUUUUGCUACAAGAGACCUGUUAACACCAUUUGAACCUGUCUUAAAAUUUUGUACUGUUAAAAGUGUUAUCUUCCUCUCAUUUUGGCAAGGGGUGUUAUUGGCUAUUCUUGAGAAAGCAAAUGUAAUUUCUCCUAUAAGUUUAGAUCAAUCAACUAGUGCAGGCACAGUUUCUGCUGGUUAUCAAAACUUUUUGAUUUGCAUUGAAAUGUUAUUUGCUGCUAUAGCUUUACGUUAUGCGUUUCCAUAUCAAGUGUAUUCAGCUGGUUGUGUUACGGAUUCAAGAGGAAGAAGUGUAACAAUGCAAAGUAUCAGUAGCAGUUUAAAAGAAACCAUGAAUCCAAAAGAUAUAAUGACUGAUGCCAUCCACAACUUCCAUCCACAGUAUCAACAAUACACACAAUAUAGUUCUGACGUUAAUACCAACUUGCCGUAUGAAAAACUAUGAGAAUGUGAAGCAUCGUUUUUUAAUUUCAAGAAAUUGGACAUGAGGCAUUCAUACAUUUUUAAUAGAGUUUGAAAAGUUCUUAAUACUGUAGUUCAUUAAAAUUGACUUGAUAUUUUAAGUUCAAAUCAAGUUCGAGGGUGGGCAUAGUGUUCUCUGCUCAAAUUAUUAUUUAAGGUUUAUAACAAAAUCAAUAUACAUACACAUAUACAUAUAUAAGCAUAUGAUUCAUUAACUUUGCAAUUAAUAAAAUAUACUGUACAUUAGAAACUAAGCACUUAACGCAAGAGCACUUAGAGUACAGUGUAAUUUCACAAAAACGUUUUACUUUUUAAUAAAUGCAAAAGACAAAUAAUAAUUGACUACUAUUCUAUGGCAGUAUUGUAAUUAUGUAUCUUUCUAUGGAUAGGUUAAUGAUUAUUAAAUAUUGUUUUGUAAUGCUUGUAUAUUUAAAAAGAUGGCAUGAUUUAUAUUUAAUUUAGCAUGCUGACAUAGCUAUAUAUUUUUAUAUAUUUUUUUCCUAAAUAUGUAUGUUUGAUAAUUUUCUUAAACAACAAAUUCAAAUCUUUAUUGUUAUAACACGCAUGAAUUAUUUAAUAGACAUAUAAUAUGUGUAGUGAGAUCGAUAAAAUAAAGAAAGAUGCUGUAAA